AUGGGGUUUCGUAUCACCACGUGGAAUGUUAACGGGAUUCGCAACCCGUUCUCAUACCAACCAUGGCGAGGGAAUCGGACCUUCGAGUCCAUGUUUGACAUCCUGGAAUCCGACAUCGUAGUCUUCCAGGAAGCAAAAAUUCAACGGAAAGAUCUCCACGAUGAUAUGGUCCUGGUUCCCGGAUGGGACUGCUACUUCAGCCUCCCCAAGUUUAAGAAGGGAUAUUCUGGGGUCGUGAUAUACACGCGCAAUGCUACAUGUGCUCCUAUUCGUGCCGAAGAAGGCAUCACAGGUGUUCUAUGCCCGCCUAACUCAGCUGUGUCUUUCCGAGAUCUGCCAGAGGAACAGCAGAUUGGUGGUUACCCGACGACUGAGCAGCUCACGAGGCCUGCUUUCGUAAAUGAGGAGAGUGAUGAGGAUGGCUUGGGGGGUGGUAAGCCGGCGCCAGAUCCCAGGAUCGAUGCCGCGACACUCGACUCUGAAGGGCGAAGCGUGGUCCUGGAGUUCCCGGCCUUUGUGCUCAUCGGUGUCUACUGCCCGGCACACCGAGACGAAAGCCGUGACUGCUUCCGAAUGGACUUUCUCAGUGCCCUAGAUGCUCGGGUACGUAACCUUGUCGCCCUGGGGAAGCGCGUCUUCCUCACAGGAGACAUCAACAUUGCUAAGAUGGCAAUUGAUUCUGCGCAUGCGCUGGAGGGCAUCCGCAAGAGGACCACCACGGAAGAAGAGUAUAUCUCUGCUCCGUCUCGGAAGCUGUUCAACUCAUUGCUUUCGGACGGGGUUGUUGUUGGGGAACGUGACGAAGGCAGAGAGCAGCCGAUCAUGCACGAUAUCUGCAGAUCGUUCCAUCCAGAACGCAGUGGCAUGUAUACAUGCUGGGACACGAAACUUAACACUCGACCAGGAAACUUUGGUGCUCGGAUUGAUUAUGUGCUGUGUAGCCUGGAUAUGCAGGAUUGGUUCUCCGACUCAAACAUCCAAGAAGGACUGAUGGGGUCGGAUCAUUGCCCUGUCUUCGCUGUCUUCAAGGACCAAGUGCCUUAUGAGGGAGGCCUGUCACACAUAUACGACGUCAUGAACCCGCCGGGUGUGUUCAAGGACGGCGAGCGCCAGCAGGAAUACUCGUCCCGGUUCAUGUUGCCAGCCUCUGGUCGCCUGCUGCCGGAGUUUGAUGUCGACAAGCGCCGCAGCAUUAAAGAUAUGUUUACCCGCAAACCUCCCAGCACUCUCUCCCGAUCCUCGUCCACAGCCAGCGCACUGGAGAAGCCAGCUGCAUCCCCAGCUUCGGAACCAAAUACAUCGGCAACACCUACUCCCAGCGAGACGCCCACGCCAGCAGUGUCUUGCGAGGCGCAGACUCCAAAGGCUUUGCCUCUCAAACGAUCACAGCCGGCCUCUUCAGCUUCUUCUAAGCGCGCGAAGCCUACGCCUACCCCGUCAGCAGCGGGCCAGAAGUCGCUUAUGGGCUUUUUCAAGCCAAAGAGCGGCGAGGGAGCAUCGCCCAAGAAGAAUAGCAUAGUUCACAAUCCUGGCAUCGCCCCAGCCGCAUCUCACCUACCAGAGCCUACACCCGACAUCCCUACAACUUCCACAGGUCCUCUGUCUGCACAAUCCUCCCCCACUAAACUCAGAACCGACGACUCGUUAAUCGACCCCAUCGUCAGCAAAGAAGACUGGACGAAGCUAUUUACAAAGAAGCCCGUGCCGCGCUGUGAGAGCCACCAGGAGCCAUGCGUAAGCCUCACAACCAAGAAGCCGGGCAUGAACCGUGGCCGGGCAUUCUGGAUCUGCCCUCGGCCACUCGGUCCCAGCGGCGAGAAGGAGAACGGCUCGCAGUGGCGAUGUCCCACGUUCAUCUGGGCCAGCGACUGGAACUCGACGUCACAGUCGGAGGCUUGA